ACUGCACUCACUCACUGGCAGAGGAGAGAGAAAAUAAAAUUUUGUCAUUUAUAUAAAACCCCUUCUCACCGAACAGAAAAUCCCAAAUAUAUAUAAAUUUAAAAAAAAAAAAUUCUUGAGUUAGAGAGAGAAACAAAUGGGAGAUUCUAGUGAUUCUGUUUCUGUUAAUAUUGAGCCGAUCUCCAUUGAUAGCAAGGAAUAUUAUGUUAAAACAGGUUCGGGUCCGGUGUCGGUAGCUGUUUAUGGUGAUCAAGAUAAGCCAGCUCUUGUUACUUACCCAGAUUUAGCUCUAAAUUAUGCAUCGUGUUUUCAAGGAUUAUUCAUGUGUCCUGAGGCAUUAUCUUUGCUUGUUCACAACUUUUGCAUCUACCAUAUCAGUCCUCCUGGCCAUGAGUGGGGAGCUGCUGCAAUAAGCUAUGAAUAUGAAUCCUCUGAGCCUUCAGUUGAUGAUUUGGCUGAUCAGAUAGUUGAGGUUCUUGACUAUUUCGGGCUAGGUGAAGUUAUGUGUAUGGGAGUGACUGCUGGAGCAUACGUUUUAACAUUAUUUGCUACGAAAUAUAAGCAGCGUGUUCUUGGUUUGAUACUUAUCUCUCCUCUAUGCAGAGCACCAUCUUGGACCGAAUGGUUGUACAAUAAGGUGAUGUCAAAUCUACUUUACUUCUAUGGCAUGUGCAGUGUUGUUAAAGAGAUGCUGCUCAAACGAUACUUUAGCAAGGAACUUCGGGGUAAUUCCCUUGUACCAGAAUCAGAUAUAGUUCAGGCUUGUCGAAAAUGGCUGGAUGAUAGAGAAAGUAUUAAUGUCAUGCAUUUUUUGGAGGCAAUUAACAGGAGGACUGAUAUAAGUGAAGGAUUGAAGAAACUACGAUGUCGUUCACUAAUAUUUGUUGGAGAGGACUCAUCUUUCCACUCAGAAGCAGUGCACAUGGCCACAAAACUAGAUAGAAGAUUUAGUGCCUUAGUGGAGGUUCAGGCAUGCGGGUCUUUGGUGACCGAGGAGCAACCACAUGCCAUGUUGAUCCCUCUAGAAUAUUUCCUCAUGGGUUAUGGCUUCUACAGGCAAUCACACAUGAGUGUAAGCCCAAGAAGCCCAUUAAGUCCGUCUUGUAUUUCCCCAGAGCUACUUUCACCCGAGAGCAUGGGCCUAAAGUUGAAGCCUAUCAAGACUCGCAUCUCACUUGAGGUAUAGCUCGAGGAUUAAUAGCAAGAUAAGUCAUUGUAAUCGUUAUAUACGCAGUAAGGAGUGGUGUUAGGCAGUUUUUUGGUUAGAAUUGAGUUUGAGGUGGUACAGAAGGGCUGUAGAUAAGAUAAGAGGAAAAAAAUAUAAAAAACUAUAGGAAACAGGACAGGUAUUUAUAAAUUAUAUUUAGUUUGGAAAGGUUGAGAAAUUGAACAUUUGUUAAUUUUGUAAUCAUAGAUUUCAUGGGGGUUGAGUUGUGUGUAAAUCUUUGGAAUAAUCAUUAUGCUAUGGAAAGAAAUAAGAAAUGCAAUUCUUUGAGGAAAGAGUAAAUAUUUCCUCUUUUCCUGAUAUAAACCUUUUCUUCAUGCUCAAAACAGUACACAGCUAUCAGUGCUUUAUCUGCAGCAAUGCCAUAUUAUAUUUUUGGAAAAUUAGUUGAAAUGUAAUAUAGACAUGUAGUACAUUUGUACAUCUAUUGAUCAAGUGCUCAUCAAUGUAUUCGACUCUUACACAAUGUAUCGUGGAAUGUCAAAAAAAGUUGUUACCUUUUC